AUUUGAAGCACUAUCUAAUCCAACAAAUAAAUAUUACGGUGAUUUAUCUAGCAAGAUGAAAUUGCCACAAACGAUUCCUCUGAGUUUGAUCUUUGUUUCGUUGAUAAGCAUAGUAUUAAGUGAAAAUAAGUAUUCCCGUAGUGCUAAUGAGAAGAAACCAAACGAUCAAAUACCUGAUGUUAACUUCCGGACUUUAGAAAAACCGUUUAGGAUGAAUAAACUCAACAUUUUGUGGAUGAAAGCUCAACAGCGUCUCACAGAGCCUAAGCUGAAAUCCCUCUACAGUGAACUCAUGAUCCUAGAUAAGGAAGAAUUACUUCACAAACGAAUGAAGAGUGAAGGUGGUGACAAAGAUGGAAUGAAAGAAGCAAUUCUGAGGAGGAAGCUGACAAGUAUUAUGACCAUGUAUGGAUUGAGAGAACAUUUUGAAGAUUCACCUACCAGACAGAAGGAACAUGAUGCAUACAAUUCUGCCAUAGAUGACCAUAUAAAUAAGAGCCUGUUCAAAGAUAAGAAGCUGAACCAUCUGUGGUCCAAAGCAGAGGCGUCAGGGUUCACCAGUGAGGAGCUGGCAGCCCUUAAGGAGGAGUUUACGCAUCAUCAGGAGAAGAUCGAUCAAUAUUACGAUCUGCUAAGUGACGUUGAAGGUGGAAAGAAGGAUGAAUACAAAAAUGCCCUUAACGAGGAAGAAUUGGAUAAGUACAAUGAGAUCAGUUCACAACUGGAGACUAAUGAGGUCAGCAAAGACUAUUUGGACAAGGCUAACCUAGUUAGAGUAAAACACAGGGGUUUACGAGAUGGCUUCGACAAACUGCAUAGAGUUAUUUCCAAAGGACCCAACAAUAAGGAGUUUAUAGAACCUAAAGUGCAGGGUUUAUGGCGCCUUGCUACAGCUGGAAAUUUCACUGUAGAUGAAUUGGCUUCUUUAAAGGUGGAGUUACAGCACUACGAAUCCCGUCUGUUAAAGCUUCGUCACUUGCAAGCCGACCAUGUAAGCAAUCUAGAAAAGCAUCGCAGCAAGGUGGCUGCGGCGGGAGACAAAAUGGACCACUUCGACGAUCAACAACAAAUGAUCAAGAAGCACACGCGCAAAGUGCAGAAAAUGCACGAAGACCUCGAAGGCCGCAUUAUGGCUAGGCAUAAUGAACUUUAAAUUGUUAUUUUUGUGCCAAACCAACGACCCUAAAAGACCUGGCUAACCCAACACGUCUAGCCUGCGUCGAUGACAGUCAAUCCUAAAUUACAAUUUUGUGUGUGAUCGUGAUAGCAAACACUUAUCACGUUAAUCUCGACGCGUUAAUUUCGCCGUGUCUUCGAUUGGUCAAUGCAAUCAAGUGUAGGUUUAAAAAGGAAGCAAUUUAUUACUUAAUUAUAACCUUUAUAAUUACAAACUUAAUAAUUAGGUAACGUUAAUCAUGUAUGUAGAAUGUAAAGUAGAAUUUAAGGUGAUUAAGAUCUUUGGCCGGUAAGAAGCUUAGCUCAUCGAGUUUAAUGGCUUCGACUUCGUUAAUUUGCAAUAAUAUUGCAAAAUGUGCAGACGAUAAGUUUAAUUUUCUAGCAGGGGUUAGUUAGUACCAGCACGAAAAAUAUAUCUUCCUAGAGUUGUCAAUUUGAUUUCCAAAAUAGUUAUGUCUACUAGUAGCAUCUCUAUUUUUGCGAGAUUCUAUUUCCACUAAUGUUAAGCAUGCCAAGCAUGCCCUGGCAGGUAUUGUAGGAGAAAAAUUCACUUAUUGAGAUAUUAAAGAUAGUACAGAUUUGAUUAAUGUUAAGAUAUUGGUUCGGAGUCAAUUUACUUCCCUCUCUUCUUUAUCUAUAAGUUCUUCUAUGGUUGGCUUAAUGGUCUUAUCACACUUGUGCUAUGUUAUAUAAAUAUUAUCGUAAUUAAUUAUGCCCAAGCGUAUGUUAAAAUUAUUUUUUUAGAACAUAUUUUGGAUUCUUUGUUACAUAGUAUUUAUUUUUUUAAUUAUUUAGCAGCUAAACGCAAUAAAUUGUGAUCUUCCUGCAUUUAAAAUA